AGGAGGAGGAGGAGCAGCAGGAGGGGGAGCUCCUGCUGCGGUCGCGCAGCUCCUCGAGCGCGGGCGCUCCGGGGUGCAGCAACGGUCGCGCGAGGUCCCGGAGCUCGACGCCGCUGCUGCCGCCGGGCUCGCCGUCGCCGCAGCGUGCGGUUCUGCGCGGCCCUGCGGUGCUGAGCGUAGGGGCACAGAUGGUGCGCAGGGCGUGCGCCCUGGCUUCGGUGGACGCGUCCAAGGGGGCCCGCGGGGAGCCCGGCUGGCGCGACCCGCAGUGCAGGCUGGUCUUGCGAGAGGGCCCUGCCGCUGAGGAGGCGGAGCCGGACUCCGCGGCGGCCGAGGACGAUGGACGAGUGCCGAAGUCCGAUGCGGAGCUGUGCCCGCGGCGAUGGCAAGAACGAGGACGGCAGCGAUGCGGGCCGCGACCCUGGCUCCCGCUGUGGCCGGAGCGCGGGCCGGAGCAGCAGCCGGAGCCGGAGCCGCCGCGCGGACGGGGACGAGGAGGGCUCCGACUCGAGGGCAAGGAGAGGGCGCGGCGAGGAGGCGGGCGCGUGCGUGCCCGCGAGCGCAGCCGCAGCGAGGGCGAGGAGAGGACGAGCAGGGCGAGGUCCGCGCUCGGAGCCCGAGCCGCGCUUCCUGCCGCAGCCGGGAGGACGAGCAGGAGCACGAGGGCGAGGAGGUGGAGGCGAAGGAGGAGGAGGGCGCCGGGAGCCGCUCGGGCGAGCCCCUGCCCACGGCGGCGCUCCGGGAGGCCGCGCGGGCCAGCCGCGGCUUCUGCGCCAGGCGAGACGCGGCACGACGCCGCUUCGCGGCCCGCCUGGAGCAGAGGAGCGCCGCCCUUCUCCGCCGACCG